AUGAGUCAACCACCACUACCCCGUGUACCGCUAUUCUUCUUCCGUAUGGAAGAAAUCGGAGAAGACCCGAACACUCCACCAACACGUGAUAAUGAAGGAAAAUGGUUACCACCUUAUGGUGAAUACAAUCAGCGUAUAGGCACAGGUGUUUCGUACAUCUGGUGGUACUGCGACGGCCUAAACAUCCAUAGAUACGGUCCUUCCCUACCACCAAACGCCUCCCCUUAUAGUGUCUUCUCAACGUACUUUAAAAACGGUCACGGCUUCUGGGUAUUGCGUGGUGACGCUACCAGUCCACCAGCCGAGGAGUCCUGGCAUUGUCUACGGUUCAAUCACAACCCGGACUAUUCAUCGUCUCUAACCAAUGUCGGCACCCACUCUGCGCUCCAAUUCCACAAUCCCACCCUUUAUUGGCACAGUAUGCUCCUACCAGAUAUCUACCAUGGACAAGGAUACCUUGGUUAUGUGGGUCUGACAGGAGACCUGCCCAUAUUCCUGUCGUUACUUGCGUUGUCCAUGGAUGCCAGCCUACUACAGUCUUGGUUACCGAAUUCGAUGCGAAACGGUCAAUGGCAGGCUCACCAGUGGCCAAAUGGACGCACUGAAAAGAGAGGCGUUAUCGUUCAUGUCUACACAUUCAACGAUAAUGAUCAAUCACUGCGUGCAUACGAAGACGGACAUUACGGAAAGUACUUCUAG